UGUCAGGCAACGUCAUGCCGUUUCCCGUGAUUCUUGCACAUCACAAGAGCCAUGUUACAAAUGUGUCAAGGUGUUUCCCCUUAUUUUUUCAUUGAGUGACUACGGGGUUUUUAGUGGGGUUACGAUGUGGGCAGUUCACUGACAACAGGUUCAAGGUGUUGCGUUCAGGUCACAGGGAGCAGAGGUAAAAAAGGAAGGUGGAGGAUUUUUAAGUUGGUGUCAGCAGUCCAGAGCAACGGGGAGUUGCAGGUCCAAGAAGGCUGGAGGAAAUGUGAUAAAAGUAUCAGCGAGAAUGAAAGGAAAAGUGUAGAAGACAGUGAUGAGACCGGUGUGGGGACAACAACAACAACAGGGGAGGAGGAUGCUGUGGCUGGAACUGCCAGGCUGGAGGCCGAGAUGCAGACAAGAGGAGCUUUAUGGGUGGAGUUAAAGAGGCAAGGUGACAUCAUGGCCGAUGACCCCCAGAGAAACUUCCGCUCUGCGUAUUAUGAAAAAGUGGGCUUCAGAGGAGUGGAGGAGAAGAAGUCGCUGGAAAUACUCCUCAAGGACAAUCCACUGGAUCUAGAGAAACUGAGCACCUUCAGUCAGAGGUUCCCGCUCCCCUCCAUGUAUAGGAUCCAUGUCUGGAAGGUGCUGCUGGGUAUCCUCCCUCCCCACAGUGACUCUCACUCCUUGGUUGGAGGCUACAGGAGGGAGCAGUACCAGGACAUUGUGGAGGCUCUGGAGGUGAUGAGGUACAUCAACCCAUCUACACCUGCCACCCACGUCUAUCUGCGCAUGUUCCAGCUGGAGAGCCAGGUGCUCCCGCGAUGCUCUGAAACGUUGCCGCCGGACGACGAGAAUGAAGACUUCCUGGCCAUCGGCAGAGCCAUGGAGGAGAUUGUAGACGAUCCCGUCGACUGCUAUUGGCUGAUCAAGUGUUUCAUCAAUCAGUUCCACGCCAAGUUUGGAGACUCACUUCCUCACCUUCCAAAGAGCCUGGAGCAUUAUCUGAGUCAGGAGGAACCUCGGCUGCUCAACCAUCUGAGGAGCAUCGGCGCGCUGCCUCAGCUGCCUUACAGCCUGUGGUUCAAGCGCUGCUUCGCCGGCUGCCUGCCUGAAUCCAGCCUGCAGAGGGUGUGGGACAAAGUGAUCAGUGGCUCCUGUAAGAUCCUGGUUUUUGUUGCCCUUGAGAUCUUGCUCAGUUAUAAGAUCAUGUUGAUGGGCAACACCAGGCCAGAGGGUGUGGUUAAGUUCCUGUGUGACAUACCUCAGGAAAACACAGACGCCAUCGUCACCAAAGCCAUCGAUUUGUGGCAAAAAUACUGCGGCAACCCGAAUCAUGCCGUGUAGCUGUGAGGAGCCAGAGAACAGCAGCUGGAGGCGAGAUGCUCUACCGGAUCCACCAGGAAUCCUACCUCCUCUUACCAAGAGACUGAAGGAUUAUAUGCACUCUGGGAGGAUUUCUGCUGGACUCAAUUUAAAAAAAAAAACUCAUCAGGGGCCUUUUUUUGAUAAGGAUAUCAGAACCCGAUUCGGAGAACGGGGCCAACUUUGGCGGGAAGGACCGUGAAGUUGGGACGAAGGCCGCAAACGGCGGCCAGACACGACACUCGGGAUGCGGAUUUCUUACUCGUA